AUGCCCGUUGUCAUCACAGUGAUAGACGAUGUAUCGGGCAGGCUGUUGGAUCGGGUCGAUAGGACAAGCUCCAUCGACUCAGGGAAGAUUGUGAGAUACACAGGCCACGUUGAGUGUCAUGGCGGCGACUCUGUGCGGCAAACAGUGCCAGUUACCUUCCUAUCUGUGCCGUAUCUUGCCCUCAAGGCUGUCGAUGCCGAGGCAGCUGCGAGCGGCUACCGCUCUGGAAAGCCACUGUUACACAGUCUCUACGGGUAUGACACAGGGGUCGAACGGGAGCUCAAGCAGGUAGUGCAGAAGCUUUCCAUUGCUUCAGAGAUUAUGAUUACCUUUGGGCAAGUAUCCUCGCAAUUUAUUCUCGGAGAUCUAGUCACCUUCAUAGAGGGGAGCACGGGCAAAGACGAGUUGCAUGUGAUCACCCUCAUUGACCAGUUCAAUCAUCGCUACACCAUCACAGUGAAGGCAGACUGUAACUACGUUGAUAUGUUGAGACAUGCCGUGACUCUAGCAAGUCCGCCACCACAGGACCCGGACGACUUCGAACUUCUAGAUAACGACAAACAUCCUCUCACCCCACUCAGAUGGCUGAACAUGCUAACUUCAUCACCCUCGGCCCGCCACGUUCUUCGACUGAGGCGAAAACACCGACCCCAGCUCCCUCCGGUCCCAUUCCCAGAUGUCAACAACGCACCAAUGCAUUAUCCCCCACAACGCGAGCAGUCGAUAGAGGACCUCGGUGAUGUAGACGAAGAGGUCCGAGCUUCCGACUCUGGAGAAGGCCCGUUUGAUGAGACGGCUGAUAAUUUAUUUUAUGGCGAUGAGUGCAACUCACUCGUCCAAUAUCGCGGUGGCCGCGCUGAUGGCUGGCGGAGUGUGGUGAAUGAUGCAAGCUCUCGACGGAGAGAUGUGGAGUCUCUCACAACAGGACAUUACCACUCAACUGGCUUAUCUUCCGAAAAUUCUCAUGAACAGUCUCUCCCACCACGAGCCGCGAACAUUUCAGCACGCCAACAUUCGGAAGUUGCUCUAAUACAUCGCUUCUACCAGGAGCCAGCCGAUGGAGUAUCACGUAUCGAGAUCAAUGAGGCGUUUCAAGAUCUGAUAAGUCCAGCAUAUUCUCUCCCGAGACGGCUACCUCCCCCCUCCCAGAGUCCCAACUCGGUUCAAGGCAAGAAAUUCUUUCCGAGAUUGGCCCGCUCGUGCUUUGGCAGGGCCAAGGCAAGGAUGCCUGCGGUCGUAUCCGCAGGAGUGAAGAGAAAUGCACAGGAGCCGGAAUCGGAAAAGCCUCCAUUGGCUCUAGGACGCUCUCAGGGACCCGUUGCGGAACGAAGGCCGGCUUCUGUCGAACCGGCCAACACGCAGCAGCAGCAACAACGACAGAGUCCAAGCGACGGGGACAUCAUCAUUGAGCCGCUGUUUCCCAAUUCUGGCCAGUCACGAGAAGCCUCACGCCCGCCAAUGCCUGGAACUCAUGAGGUUCGCAACGACGUCUCAGGAGAGACCACCCCUCAAACUUUAUGGGCCGGCAUACACAGCCAAAAGUCAGGGUCUGAACCCCUGCGGUACGUUGUCCGGGACUUUGGCAACUGCCGGCUAGCCUCGGGGGAUGGCGAUGAGAGAGGAAAUACUCAACAACUCUCGUGGACAGAUUGUGCCGACUGUAAGGCCGCAAAGAAGUACGACACACCGGACGAGCUUCUCAACCACAUAAACACCAACCACACCCAGACGACUGUCAAGCAACUUCGCCCCUUUGACGACGCAUCUUUCUGCUGGGUGAGUCCAACACAAAUGGCUACUGAUGAGAAUACGCUUAGCACAUGGCUAGGAUAUUCGAUCAUCAAGGACUUCAUAGAGUCAAUGGAGGCUGUGUCGAAAGUGUCGAGGGAACUCAUUUAUUAUAUGGCCAGGCCUGGCAGCCGUUUCGCCGAGGACGGGCUGACACCUUCGCCGCUGCCCAAAACAUUGACGACGGCCUUCUGCAACAUCCUGGCUAACUAUAUUCUCGUCGCGAAAUGUCUCGCAUUGACUAACCGAUCUGGGUAUACGAGCAACCCAGAAGAAAAGGAUGUUGUUCUGGAAACUAUCUCCGACCUGGAGCUGACAAUAUCUAGCGCCUUUAAGCAAGUGUUCGAUGUUUUAGAGAAGGCGAGAUCCGAUAUUAUCUUACUCUGCAGCACCAGGCGCGAGGUGGAUUGCCUCCACGUCCAGUCAGUAGACUUGCCAUUUCUUACACUUCUAAUUAUCAAGAAUGUUGAAAGGUUCACCCUCGACACAAAGCAACUUUCCCAUGGCAUCAUAGAAAAGCGGCAUGCAGAUGAUAAGAACCGCGUUGACGUCAUCGCCGUGUAUCAACACUAUCUUUCGGUGCUACAGUUCCACGCUCGCAACCGGCCACAAAAGCGGGUUUUUCUCGAGAUCCAAAAUUACCAAGAAGAAUUAAGCGCCCUGGGACACUUGACCCAACUCCAGAUACAGGUGUUGAGAUAUCAUAUCUCUCUCCUACAGCCAGGGUCCUUUCGACUUACGAGUCGUAGGCGUCUAGAACAGCACGGGACUGAGUACAAGUUCUGGAUGAAAAUAGACAAGACCUUGACGGAAAGGCUAGACCAUCUGUCUGUACUCGACGACCAGGCUCACUCACUGAAGGAGGAGGUCAAGAAUGCUAUUGAGAUUAUCGAAGAAGAUCACGGCAAGGCUAUCCGAGUAUUUACGGUGGUUACAUUGUUCUUCCUUCCGCUGUCAUUUAUCUCAAGUUUCAUGGGCAUGAACACUACCGAUAUACGGGAGACAACAUCCGACCAGAGACUGUUCUGGAGCGUUGCUGUACCGGUUACCAUCGCCGUUAUCGCCGUCGCUUUUACAUACGGUUAUGCAGGUGACAGCAUUUCUGACUGGCUUCACUCCCGGUUCCGACCGCAUAAACGUGCCCCAGAGUGGACUGGGUCGACAGACCUCGUGGAAGACAAGUACUACUACCCAUCAGCCGAAGAGGCAGGGAACAUGGGAGAGCCUAGCAGUCUAGGGUAG